AUGACAAACCCAGCUGUAAAAGUUGUUGGGGAAGGGAUCAAGAAACAGACCUUUUACCUAUUGGAAUUUGAUAGACAUAUCAAAGAACAAGAGGAAGCUAUAGUCAAUCUUCAAACAAAAUUUCCUCUCAACUCACAAGGUAGAAGACAAAAUAUCAUCCAAGCUCGGAAUGAGAUUCAAGUCACCUUGAAGAAACUGAAUGUAGGACGAAAAGGGAUCUCUUUGUGUUUGCAAGAAUAUACUCGUAUUUCAAAAGCCUUGGCUUCCUUUAUCGACCAUUCACCUAUCUCGAAUGUCACAUUUAACGAUGUAGCCAAAGAAAUCAAACUAUUAGAGGAAAGACUUAGAAAUUUUGCCCGUGGUAGAGAUGGUUGUAAAGAUCAACAAAAGAAAAUAUAUCUAAGUGCUAGGAUUGCUAUUAUCACCCAAUUGCUCAAAUCUAUUGAUCUUGCUAAAAGAUCCAGAGAGACCAUCCCUAAUCCAUCUCCUUUAUCCAAACCACCAGUUCACCAGUCACCAGACCUCAGUCGUACACAGCCACCAUCAGUAGUUCAAGUUCCAGCACCUGUCCAAGUUCCAGUCCAAGUGCAAUUUACUCCUCGACCAAUUUCAAAUCAAGAAAAGGAAAAAGAAAUAGUUAAAAAGAUUGGAGACCUAGAGUUUUUUAUGAAAUCCACUAGAGAUCAUUUCAACUCUACCAAACAAUCCAUCAGUCAAGAGGAUAGACCACAGAUUCUAAAAGAGUACUCUACCAAACUUUCUGUCAAAACAAAUGAAGUGAAAAAAUUACAAGCAGAGUUGUUGGUGCUUCGUGAAACUAGUUCACUUGUUAACAGCGAAGAGAUAGAUUAUGUUAAAUGUACACAUAAAACUUAUGGUCAAAUAGUUGAUAUCUUUUUAAAAUGUCGACCACAAAGAUUAACAAAAUUGGCACAUCAUAUUGAUCAUCAAUCAUCAAUUAUUGAUAAUAAUGAUAGAACACACGAUCAGUAUAAUAGUUUUAUUGUACCUUUGAUGUUUGAAGAAUUGAAAGAACAGAUUGUUAGCAAGAUUACUGAUAGUGGUGCUACUGUGAAUGGUCAUGACGGUCUAUUGAACCUAUUCAAGAUUCAGUCAGUUGCUACUAAAGUAAAAUCACUUACUGCUGACAGUACUGGUAUGUUACUAGAUUUUAAUUACAAGGCUGAAUCAAGAGACAAGGAUCUGUACAAAGAAGAUUUAGUAUUGCUUCAAAUCAAUGCAAAGCCAACACCGUUGUAUGUAUUUGCUAAAGUCAUUUCGGCACCUCUACCAACCGGUAAAUCAGAUCAAUCUUGUAGAGUCUACAUCAUCGAUGAAGAGACAUUGGCACCUCACACUACAGAGUUUAUCGAAGCUCUAGCCAACCUACGUAAAACUAAAACAGAGUUUUAUGUAUCAAAGGUUGCCAACCUCAUCACAUUUGAAAGAGAAUUAAAAUCAAUUAAACAAUUUACAUCACAUCGAUUAUCAAAACUAGUUCUAUCACCAAGAACUUUUAUAGAAGAUAGAAAGAAUAUGAUUGUUAAAAAACAAUCAUUUAUUAUUCCAUCUCAUCUCGACCUUGGUAAUCUCAAUCCAUCACAAUUAUCUGCAAUUCAAAAAUCAAUGAUUCAAGAUGAAUUAACUUUAAUUCAAGGACCACCUGGAACAGGUAAAACAACUAUUAUAUUAAAUUUAUUAAGAAUAUUUCAUUCAAUACUCGGAGAAAAGGAAACUAUUUUAGUUUGUGCACCAAGUAAUACAGCAGUUGAUGAAGUUGGGUUGAGAUUGUUGGAUGAUGGAUUGGGUCUUGGGUCAGAGACACCUGACAUUGUUCGUAUUGGAAGAUUAGAGGCAGUCAACAAAAAGGUUCAUUCUAUUUGUAUCAACAAACACUCUAAAUUCAAAGAAAAGAAGAGAAUGAUUAGAGAGGCUAGAAUAUUGCUUACAACAUUGUCUGGAGCUGCGUCAAAGAUUUUAGAUGCUAGUCCAUCGGUCAUUAUUAUCGACGAGUCUACUCAAUCGUGUGAACCAUCAACAUUGAUCCCAUUGUUGCUCAACCCAAACUCUAAAGUCAUUUUAAUUGGUGAUCCAAAACAACUUCCACCAACUGUAUUUUCAAAGAUUUCGAGUAGACAUGGAUACAAUGUAUCAUUGUUUGAAAGAUUAUCAAACUAUCUACCAGUUCAUAUGCUCGAUACUCAAUAUCGUAUGCAUCCAUCCAUUUCAAAGUUCCCUUCACAACGUUUCUAUCAAUCGAAAUUAAAGGAUGGUGAAAAUGUUGUCAAAUACACCAACUCAUUUUAUAAUAAUGCAAAGUAUGGACCAAUCAAUUUUUAUAAUAUUCCAGAGUCUCAAGAAGUAUCAGAAAAUGGUAAUUCUUUAAAAAAUAUUUUAGAAUCUAAAUAUGUUUUUGUUUUAUUAAAAAAAUUGGUACAAGAAUAUCCAGAAGUUAAAAAAAUGAUUGUUGGUAUUAUUACACCAUAUAAAUUACAAAAGAAAGAAUUGUUGGAAGCAAGAGGAGCAUUUAAUGAAAAGAUGGAUGUAGUUGUGAAUACCGUCGAUGGGUUCCAAGGUGCUGAAAAGGAUAUUAUUAUAUUUUCGUGUGUUAGAAACAAGAGAAUCGGAUUCCUUAGUGAUAUUCGUCGUAUCAAUGUCGGUAUUACUCGUGCAAGAAAAGCAAUCUAUGUUGUUGGUAAACAAUUUAUUAUCAAUUCUGGUGGCAUCGAUAUUCUUCAAGAAGAAAUUAGACAACACGAUCUUAGACAUCCAAAUGGUUUAAUCGUUAGUAAUGGUAAAUCAGAUGAAGAAGAACUGGAAGUAUUCUUUUCAUCAUCAAAAGAUCAACCAUUUGGUCAUGGUGAUGAAGAUGAUGAAAGUGAUGGUGACGACAAUGAAACCGAAGCAGACAAGUUGGUUAAUAGUAUUUCAAAUUUAUCUAUUAAUCCAACCGCCGCCAACUAUGUCGAAUUAUUGAUAAAACAAGUGGAAAUUGAUAUUAGUCAUUACAACAAGAUUAAAGCAGAUAGAAACUCUGAAACAAAGGUACAAGCUAAAAGUGCCUAUUCAAGAGUUAAAAAUAAUCUUGGACAAUUGGUUGGUCAUCAAAAGAUCAAUAUUUCAUCCUCUCAGCCACAACUAGAUAUCACCGAUAAUACAAUCAAUGGUUUAUUGUCAACUGCAUUUACCGAUAAAAAGUGUAGUGGUGAAACAUUGUCAACAAAGAAAUCUAGUUGGAAUGAUCUUUUAGAGUUGUUAAAGAUUAAUUUCCCAAAAGACAGUUUCGAGGCAUACGGGUCAUUUGUAAAUGGCAUUCAAUUGGAAUCAAGUGACAUUGAUGUUUGUUUCAAGACCUCGUUUGAUACCUCUGACCCUGUCCGUCGAGUAGAUCUAAUGAAGAGUGUGGCUAGAUGUCUUUUGGCUAAAAGGGAUGAUCAAGGUAACCGUGAUUAUCAAUUGGUUCGAUUAUUAGAUUCAAUCAAAGUACCAAUCAUUAAAUUCACAGAUUUGAAGCACCGUGUUUCGUAUGACAUGUGCUUUAACAAUCGUUUGGCAAUUGGUAACUCUUUAUUGGUAAAAUCGUACGCUGAAAUUGACGAGAGAGCCAAACAACUCAUGUUACUCGUCAAGUAUUGGGCAUCGAGAAAGGAUAUCAAUGAUGCUAGCGGUGGCACCCUUUCAUCAUAUGCUUGGUUGAAUAUGGUUAUAUUCUAUCUUCAAACUGUUCAACCUCCCGUACUCCCAUCGUUGCACUCUAAUGUCUAUUCAAAAUCAGAUGGUCAGUUGGUACAAAGUAAAGUGGAUGGUUGGAAGUUUGUUGAUCAUCGUCACACUGGAUUCGUCAGCCAAAACAACAAAACAUUAUUCCAACUAUUCUAUGGUUUCUUUAAUUUCUAUUGCAAGUUUGAUUUUAAGGAUCAAUUGAUUUGCAUUCGUUUAGGUAAACCAACGAGCAAUCGAAUGGCAUCACAAUCCUAUAUGGAACAAAACGAUCAAAGUAAAAUUUGCAUUGAAGAUCCAUUCAACACUUCCUCCAACCCAGGUUCAUCUGUUCAAUCAACCUCAUUUAAUAUUAUUAUUUUUGAAUUCAUGUCAAUGAAAUCAAAAUUACAACAACUAGCAGUAUCAACCAAUAAUCAAAAGAUUAUUCAUCAACAAGAUUUUGAUCAUCUCUUUUCAAAAUCCUUAAAAUUAAAUGAACUUUAUAAAAAAUCAAAAUAA